AAAUUCGAAUUUCGAGCUUCGCUUUCCACAGACGCGCGCGCCCAGCCAGCGGUACUCAAUUUAAAAAUAAAACAUAUUUUUUUGGUCUGCACUAUUCCCGCUCUGGGAUAGUGAUCGACGGGAUCUUUUUCACAUUUCAGUACUAGUAAUAAAACCUUUUUUUUUAUAAUGUGCUGAUAUUAAAAUGUUUAUAAAUAGUGUUGGAACGUGCAGAGUUUUUGCAGAAGAUAUUCCUAGGUGACAUGCAACCUUGGAUACCUAGUGGUAUUGUAUUUUCCCUAGAAAAUGGGAAAAUUUAUCAGGAUCUUGUGAUAAGUGUGUAGUGAUGAAACGUGGAAAGUGAUUACAUUGGAUUGUUUGGAGCUACGUAAAUAAAAAGUUAAAAAUGGCAACCGAGUUGCCAACAGCGGUGACGCCCGGGUCUGAGAGCGUGGAUCCGAACCAACCUCCGCCUGCCCCUCGCAAGCAAGCCAGACCAAGGGGCAAGCCGCAACCAGAGAGGCCGAAAAGGAGUCUUUUCUGCUUAGGUCUUAAGAAUCCUCUAAGAAAACUCUGCUACGACAUAGUGGAAUGGAAACCUUUUGAAUACAUGAUAUUAAUCACAAUAUUCGCCAAUUGUAUAGCUUUAGCUGUAUUCACCCCAUAUCCUUCGGGCGACACGAACAACACUAAUCAAAUAUUGGAAAAAGUAGAAUGGGUGUUUAUGAUUAUAUUCACGGGGGAGUGUAUUAUGAAGAUCAUCGCCUACGGUCUGCUCUUGCACCCUGGCGCUUAUUUAAGGAACACGUGGAAUGGACUUGACUUCACAAUUGUAACUAUUGGUAUAGUUUCUAUGGUGCUUCAAUAUUUCUCAGCAGAUAGUUUCGACGUGAAAGCUUUAAGAGCAUUUAGGGUGUUACGACCACUUCGUCUUGUAUCAGGAGUUCCAAGUCUUCAGAUUGUGUUGAAUUCAAUCCUGAAGGCGAUGAUACCUCUCUUCCACAUCGCAUUCUUGGUGCUUUUCGUUAUCAUCAUUUACGCGAUCAUUGGACUUGAAUUAUUUUCUGGUGUACUUCACGAGACCUGCUACAUUGAUGAAAAUGAGAUAUCUGGAAAUCCCUGUAAUAGUGACGGUGAUGUGGGCUACAAAUGUGAGUUUGGAGAAGUCUGCAGAGGUCCCUGGAUGGGCCCCAACUUUGGCAUCACCAAUUUUGAUCAUAUUGGAUACUCCAUGCUUACAGUAUUUCAGUGUAUCACCUUGGAAGGAUGGACGGAUAUUAUGUAUGCGAUAGCCGAUGUCAAAGGAAACACAUGGGCAUGGAUUUAUUUUGUUACAUUGGUAAUAUUUGGAAACUUCUUCGUCAUGAACCUUAUUCUUGGUGUGUUGUCUGGUGAGUUCUCUAAAGAAAGAGAGAAAGCGAAAAAUCGUGGCGAUUUUCAAAAAACACGCGAAAGACAACAGUUUGAGGAAGACUUGAAAGGUUAUCUUAACUGGAUAACGGUUGCUGAAGAAUUAGAUUUAGAAAAUGAUCAAGCUCAAAAAGAAGAUGACCAAAUUUCUCAAGGUAAAAAAGACAGAAAAAGUAAUGAUGGAUCUCAAAGUAAUAUAAAUGGCAUGAGUGGUGAUCAAUUUCAAACUACAACGUGUAAAGUGUAUUGUAGGAGGUUUGACAAGGUAAAUAGAAGAAUGAGAAGGGCUUGCAGAAAAGCUGUAAAAUCACAAACAUUUUAUUGGGCCAUAAUUGUUCUAGUUUUUCUUAAUACAUUAGUUUUAGCUACAGAACAUCAUAAUCAACCAAAAUGGUUAGAUCAUUUCCAAAAUUAUGCUAAUUAUUUAUUUGUAGUUCUUUUUACCAUGGAAAUGUUGGUCAAAAUGUAUGCACUUGGAUUUCAAGGUUACUUCGUGUCUUUGUUCAACCGUUUCGACUGUUUUGUCAUGUUGUGUUCUAUAGUAGAACUAGCCCUCACCAUGACUGACACCAUCCCACAGCUGGGUAUAUCUGUAUUGAGAUGCGUCCGAUUACUGAGAGUAUUCAAAGUUACCAAGUACUGGCGGUCUCUCUCCAACCUGGUUGCUUCCCUCCUCAACUCCAUUCAGUCCAUCUUCUCUCUACUUUUACUUCUCUUUCUGUUCAUCAUGAUCUUCGCUUUACUCGGGAUGCAGGUGUUCGGAGGCAAGUUCGACUACGAACCUGAAGAACAAAAAGAGAGGCACAAUUUCGACUCUUUCUGGCAAGCUGUAUUGACAAUGUUUCAGAUUCUUACUGGUGAAGAUUGGAACGUGGUGAUGUACCAUGGAAUUAAUGCUUAUGGUGGUGCGGGCACACCCGGAAUGCUUGCAUCUAUUUAUUUUAUAGUUAUUUUCGUUUGCGGUAACUAUAUUCUGUUGAACGUGUUCUUGGCUAUCGCUGUCGACAAUUUAGGUGAUGCUGAGGAAAUGGAUGAAAUUGAAAAAGAAAAAGAGGACGCUGAAAAUCCUGAAGCUGGUAAUCCACAAUUAGAUGAAGAAAGGGGCGAAACUGAUGAUGAAUAUGUAAAUGAGGAAGAAGGUUACUCCAGUGAAGGAUCUGAACAUGAAUAUGAAGAAUCUGGAUCAGAAGAAGAGGUCGAAGAACAGGAAGAAAGGGAUAAUGCAAAUGACGCUCUCGUCACUACUGACAAAAUACAAAACGGUGAUAUAAAAAAAGAAGAAAAGGAACCCAUUAAACGCCAGCCAACAAUAUCGGCACGACCACGACGCUUGUCUGAAGUGGAAAUAAAGUCUCAGGAGAAGCCAAUACCUGAUGGCAGUAGUUUCUUCAUAUUUUCUAAGACUAACAGGUAACUACGAGAGUGUUCAGAAGAAGUAUCGUUGAAUUAAUUGGCUUCUAUAUAAAAUCAACACUAGUAAUUAAAAAAAAUCUAAUCACUAAUAAAUAUACACGUAUCCAUUUGGCUAGGGAAUGCUUAUAAGUUAUGUAGAGAAUUCAUGUAAAGAAUAUACUAAUUUUAUUUUUAUUUUAUUUUUAUUGUUUGAGGUACAAUAACAGAACAUAAAUUGUACAUUAUACUUAACAUCUACCGGUUACUUUAUAAAUCUAUAUUCCAAUAAUAAUUGUACACAGCAUUUAUAC